AUGUCAGGAAGAAAUGUAUCACCAGCAUUUUGCAUUCCCAACGAAACAUUUAUCGAAAUAAUAAGUAAUAUAGAGGAUUCUCCUACACUUUUCGCUUGUCUCUUCGUCAGUCGAGAUUGGUGCCGCAUUACUAUUCCGAUAUUAUGGCAGAACCCAUUUUCUAUAAUCAAUAAAAAUAAAAAUGGCAUAAAGUCUUUAUCAAGAUUUGGAAAGAUACAAAAUUUCUUGAAAAUCUGUUUUUCAAAACUUCCCAUUACAGAGAGUUCUCGCAUCCCAUUACUUGGACUCGAUUUGCUGGAGGAACGGCCGAAAUAUACCUUUGAUUAUUUUUCAUUUGUAAAGGAAAUGAAUCACGAAGAUGUAUUGAUGACUGUGAAAAUGGCAUUUAGUUCAGAAAAAAUCCAAGACUUGAUUACAUGUAUAAUGAUGACACAUUUUUGUCGCGAAGCACAAAAAAUUAGUCGCAUAACUAUUCCCUUAUUUGAAUCGAGUAUAAUGUCGCGCGCAAAAAUUAAAGAAAUGUUUGAAACGAGUUUUCAACCGCAUAAACAGUUCAGUUCAUUGCUGAUCGCGAAUUAUCAAGAGAACGAAGAUAAACAUGAAAACAAACGAAACUGCAUAUACUUCUUAUCAAAGACAUGUGAAUUCCUUUCAUACCAACAACAACUUGUUGAACUUGAAAUAGCUGGAAUCAGUAAUAAUAUAACGGACAUUUUCGCUUGUUUAUGUGGUUUACCCUCAAAAUCUUUGUUGAAACUCGAGUUCACUAAAUGUGUGUUUAAUUAUGAACUUCCACAUUCAAUUCGGAAAUGGAAGUUUUUAGAUGAUUUAAAUGAAUUACGGUUUAAUUGUUGCAUGACGGAAGAUGGUUUCUCCCUUUCUUUGGACGAUGAUUAUUUGGAAUAUUUCACGCAAAAUAUGACACUUGUUAUUGAUGAUGAAGGUGAAUACGGGGAAGAUGAGGAUAAUGAGGAAGAUGAGGACGAUGAAUCUGGAGAUUGCUUUGUGUUUAUUGGGAAUAAUAAAUCCGUAAAUCUAGCAAAAAGUCAGGCCUCAAAAUAA